AUGGAGAUCGCGCUGGUGACUCUGGAGAACGGCGGCGCCACGGCCAUCGCAGGCAGCGAGGAUGCCGCGGUCGGCAGCGGCAGCGCCCGGGCCCGGCGGCGGGGCAACUUGCUCCACAUCGCGGGCUCCGCAACCGCCGCCGCCGCUGCGCCGCGGCUGAGCGACGGCAAGGAGGGAGCCCCGCCGCCGCCACCGCUGCCAGCGGACGAGGAGCCGGAGCGGUCCCCGCCGGCCCCCCGAGGAGGCGGCAGGAGGCGCAGCAGCGGCGGCGCGGGCAGCGGCGGCGCGGACAGCGGCGGCACGGGCAGCCCCAUCGCGCAGGCGGCCGCGCGAGGGGCGCCCCCGCAACCGCCGCCGCGCGCCCCGCGCCCGGGCGCGGCGCUGGAGAUGGGCCCGCUGGAGGAAGGGGGACACCGCCGGGGCAUGGCCAUGGCGGCGGCGGGCGAGGAGGAGGAGGAGACGGGGGCGGCGGCGGCCAACCCGGGCACCAUGCACCACCAGCGGGUGCUGAUCAACAUCUCGGGGCUGCGCUUUGAGACCCAGCUCGGCACCCUCAACCAGUUCCCUGACACGCUGCUUGGGGACCCAGAUAAGCGUAUGCGCUACUUCGACCCUCUCCGUAACGAAUACUUCUUUGACCGCAACCGGCCCAGCUUCGACGGGAUCCUCUACUUCUACCAGUCCGGGGGCAAGCUCCGACGGCCAGUCAAUGUCUCCAUCGACGUCUUUGCCGACGAGAUCCGCUUCUACCAGCUGGGCGAGGAGGCCAUGGAGCGCUUCAGGGAGGAUGAGGGCUUCAUCAAAGAGGAGGAGAAGCCCCUGCCCCGCAAUGAGUUCCAGCGUCAGGUCUGGCUCAUCUUUGAGUACCCUGAGAGCUCCAGCUCGGCCCGGGCCAUUGCCAUUGUCUCUGUGCUGGUCAUCCUCAUCUCCAUCAUCACUUUCUGCCUGGAGACCCUGCCGGAAUUCAGGGAUGAGAGGGAGAUGCCUGUGCCCCUACCUCCACAAAGUGGAGGUUCGAAUGGCACGACUGGGGACUCCCCACCCAUGCAGCCACCCAGUAGCCUCUCUGACCCCUUCUUCAUCAUAGAGACCACCUGUGUGAUCUGGUUCACCUUUGAGCUACUCGUCCGCUUCUUCGCCUGCCCCAGCAAGUCUGAGUUCUCCCGCAACAUCAUGAACAUCAUUGAUAUUGUGGCCAUCAUCCCCUAUUUCAUCACCCUUGGCACCGAGCUGGCCCAUGAGCAGCAGCAUCCUGGGACUGGCAGUAGCAAUGGGGGCGCGGGCCAGCAGCAGGCCAUGUCCCUGGCUAUCCUCAGAGUCAUCCGCCUGGUCAGAGUCUUCAGGAUCUUCAAGCUCUCCAGGCACUCCAAGGGGCUCCAGAUCUUGGGACAGACUUUGAAAGCCAGUAUGAGGGAGCUGGGCCUCCUCAUCUUCUUCCUCUUCAUUGGAGUGAUCCUCUUUUCGAGCGCUGUCUACUUUGCUGAGGCAGAUGACCCUGAGUCUCAUUUCUCCAGCAUCCCUGAUGCUUUCUGGUGGGCAGUGGUAACCAUGACCACUGUGGGCUAUGGGGAUAUGCGACCUGUCACUGUGGGGGGCAAGAUCGUGGGUUCUCUGUGUGCCAUCGCGGGUGUGCUCACCAUUGCCCUCCCUGUCCCUGUCAUUGUGUCCAACUUCAACUACUUCUACCACCGAGAGACUGAUCACGAAGAGCAAGCUGUCCUUAAAGAUGAACACAGUAGUCCUCAGGGGAGCACAGCAAGUGGAGAUGCAAAAAGAAGAUCCAGUAGAAACUCUCUGAACAAAUCUGUUGUGCACUUGGAAAACAGUGAGGGAGUCAAAAAUGACACCAGCUCCUUAGAGAAAACGAAUAUCAAAGCAAAAAGUAACGUAGAUCUCAGAAAAUCCCUCUAUGCUCUCUGCCUGGACACCAAUAGGGAAACAGACCUGUAA